AUGUCGGUGGUUUCUGGGAAGGAUCGUCCUAUAUUAGAUGAUUCCAACUACGGAGAUGACGUAUCCAUAAUUGAUAGAUCUGAAAAUGUAGAUUGGACCAAAAUUAUAAUCAAAAUUUGUCUUGGCUUGCUUUUCAUUGGAUUUGCUACCGGAUGCAUCAUCUACUCCGUUAUCACUUCUAAGGAAGACGAGCAUGUGUCUACCAAUUCCACAUUUUUUGUCUUUGACGUCAGUCAACACUGUGAUAAUGGCACGUUGACAUGGACAAAUCGAACAGGAUCAGUCAAUGAUUACGAUAAAGUUUCAACUGGAAUCGCCUGGCUCCAAGAUUCGCAAAGAAAACGACUGUAUCAUCGGAUUGGAAUCGCUUCAGAUAAUAAGGAUUGGCUCGUUACACAUUAUGUUUUCAUGAAUCACACAUUCUUUGUGGAUCGCAAUGGAUGUUCGAGAGUCACAUAUGGUUAUGAUGAGUAUUUGCACAGAAUGGGUUUCCAAAACAUCACCAUGCAACGUACGGAAUCUAUUGGACUCGAAGGAGAACAAAGUGUAAAAGUGAACUUUUUCGAAGGAGAACCAGCUAAGGACAUCCUGAUUGAAGGAAUGCAUCCAGCGAUUGUUCGUGCUUACGCUCACCCUGACAAUAAAUUCGCUUAUGCCUGGGAGUACGUCUUCGCAACGAACAAUCAGGAUCAAACUGGACUUUUCCGCAAAGAUUAUUGGUUCCCUGACAUGGAGCCAGGAGUGGAUGAUGAAGGAGUAUUCGAAGAGCUACCAUCGUCAUGCUACAAGCAAACAACCUAA